GGACACCAGCUUCCUGCUUGCAAAGAAGGGGGGCGGGGGGAGAAAGAAGAAGACGAAGAGUAGCCGCCGCCGUCGCCUCGCCAAAGAAAUCUUGGAUGAAAUAAGAUAAUUUGGAAAUGUUUUAGUUUGACAUCCAGGCAAACUUAAGGAUUGCAGGGUCUCAUCUUCAACCCAGAAUGCUUGCAAUUUGCCAACAGUGAAAGAGACCACAAUGGGGCUUGCCUCAUAGCAUAAUAGCCUCUCCUCCCUCAAAUCCCAAAUCCACAUCUGUCGUGGCGACUGUGGAGUGUUGCCUCUGGGGGCGGAGCCCACCUUGGUCUCUCUUUAUUGGUCCUGGAUGGAAUUGCGGUGAAUGGAACAGAAGCCUAGCACGGUGGAGUGCCUAUCGGAGCCAGAGGACACCCGGUGGCCGGAUGGGAAACGUAAAAGAAAAAGCAGCCAAUGUUCGGUGAAAAGCAAUAUGUCAGGGUACAUCCCUAGCUAUUUGGACAAAGAUGAGCAGUGUGUUGUAUGUGGAGACAAAGCCACAGGAUACCACUACCGCUGUAUUACCUGUGAAGGCUGCAAGGGCUUUUUUCGACGGACCAUUCAGAAAAACCUGCAUCCAACAUACUCCUGCAAAUAUGAUGGUUCCUGUGUCAUCGAUAAGAUCACCCGCAACCAGUGUCAACUUUGUCGAUUCAAGAAGUGCAUUGCUGUUGGCAUGGCCAUGGACUUGGUGCUGGAUGACUCCAAGAGAGUAGCCAAACGGAAGCUGAUUGAAGAGAACCGGGAGAGACGGCGCAAAGAGGAAAUGUUGAAAUCCCUUCAGCACCGGCCGGAGCCAACCCCAGAAGAAUGGGAGCUGAUACGAAUUGCUACGGAUGCACACUGCAGCACCAAUGCCCAAGGCAGCCAUUGGAAACAGAAGCGGAAAUUCCUGCCUGAAGAUAUUGGUCAGUCACCAAUGGCUUCCAUGCCUGAUGGGGACAAAGUAGACUUGGAGGCAUUCAGUGAGUUUACGAAGAUCAUCACCCCUGCCAUCACCCGUGUGGUGGAUUUUGCCAAAAAACUGCCCAUGUUUUCAGAGCUGCCUUGUGAGGACCAGAUCAUCCUUUUGAAGGGCUGUUGCAUGGAGAUUAUGUCACUGCGGGCAGCUGUGCGUUAUGACCCUGAAAGCGAAACCCUGACACUCAGUGGUGAAAUGGCCGUCAAGCGGGAGCAGCUGAAGAACGGUGGCUUGGGCGUAGUAUCAGAUGCCAUCUUUGAUCUGGGAAAAUCCCUCUCUGCCUUCAGCCUGGAUGACACUGAAGUGGCACUGCUCCAGGCUGUGCUGCUUAUGUCCUCAGACCGCAGUGGGCUAAUUUGCGUUGAUAAGAUUGAAAAAUGCCAAGAGACCUAUCUGCUGGCAUUUGAACACUACAUCAAUUAUCGCAAACACAACAUUCCCCACUUCUGGCCCAAGCUCCUCAUGAAGGUGACCGACCUGCGCAUGAUUGGGGCUUGCCACGCCAGCCGCUUCCUGCACAUGAAGGUGGAAUGCCCCACAGAGCUCUUCCCCCCACUCUUCCUUGAGGUCUUUGAGGAUCAGGAAGUUUAGGGCAUGAGGAGGGAUGGAGGGGGGCAAACAGGGUGGCGUGGGCGAAUUGGGGACAUGGGGCAAUUUGGGGCUGGGGCGAUGUCUGGACUUGGGUCACAAGACCCUCACCUCAUCACCUCGGACACAACAGAUUUUCAUUGUUUUGUUCUGUUUUGUUGUUUUCAUUUUUUUCUUUUCAUUUUUUUUGUUUUGUUUUGGUUUUCUAAAUAUUGCACGUCAGCAUCAAUGAAUCCCCUGGUUAGGGGAAGCAAGGGCAUCCUUGGUAGGAGGUGGGCCAUGAAAAAAGUCAAAGCUAUACAAAAUCUGGGUUAUGAGGUAGAAAUGUGCAGUAGCCAACACAUUCUUUGUUUAGGCAGAUUUUUUGUUUUUUUUUUUAAAAAAAUAAUUAAGUGGACGAUACAAUUCCCACCUACCCCCUUGUUAUCUCCCCUGUUGUCCAAAGUCAUCUUUCCAGGGUGAAAUGUCUGUCUUGAACUUUAACAUAAAAAAAAGAGAAAAACAGUCCAUAUAUUAUUCUCUCCCCCCCCCACUCCAAAAUGCUUUGCCUUUCUCUCCUUCUUUAAAUAAAACUUUUCUGCCCUCCCCCCCCAACACUGGAAGCAAUUGGCACCUCUUGAGCCCUGAUCAAACCUCUCUCGUUUAAACGGACUUGAUUACCAAUAUAUAUAAAUAUAUAUACAUAUAAAUAUAUAUAUAUAUAUUCUUUUGCACAUAACGGUCCCAGGAAACGUCAGAGUGUGUUUGGUUGUUUUUUUCUUUAAGAACCUUAGCAUUUAGUUAUCCUCCCUGGGAGGCUAAAAUCGAAAAUGCACUUUUUUUUGUAAAAGAAAGAAAGAAAUGGAACCGAGAGAGAGGAAAAGAGAAAAUCCUAUUAAAUUAUUAGGAGCAGGUGGGAGGAGGAAGGUCACAGAUGUUUUGGCAAAAAAAUAAUAAACCUAAAUUGAGGCUGAAGGUCCACGUGUGAAGGACAAAUGCACUUUGAGUGAGAUGAAAAUCCUUCCCCUCAGCUCCGCCCUUAAUGGGGGAAACAGGUGAGAAAAGAAAAGAAAAGAAAAGAAAGAUCUAUUUUAUAUUGCUUCGAAUGGCACUGCAGGGCUUGCCUCUUAAGAGGUGCCCGCUUUGCGUUCCAGUGUUGAGAGGUAUAUUCGUCAACCUUCCUCCUUGCCGUUGUGCCCUCUUUCCUCCCCAAAGCUUCAGCCAAUCUACCUCCAUAUUCAGCAAGGUGAGUGGAUUUGACAGAUUCCCACCCACACCUGCUGCCCCCUCCCAGCUGAAAGGCUGCAUGCAAUGUUCCCACUGGGCUUUGAAACGGCCUUUGCUAAUUCUUUGCACACGCUUUCCCACGCCUCGUGGCGGUACACUUCUUUCUGCACUAGUAUUCUUGCUGCCCUGCUGCACCCUCCCUUCAAUGCCCUUCUCUCUGGGGAAGAAACGAGGAGAAAUCCUAACUCUUCAGUGCUCCCAAGAGAAUCAGAGUUAGGUUUCAAUUCUUUCUUAUUUUGGCGGGGUGGGUGGGGGGAAUGGCACUUAGCAAUACAGAAAACACAAAGACAGUGAAAUUCAUGGGGACAUGGCACACCCUUUUCAACCCAGGAUUGUACAGCCCUUCUGUAUUAAGAGGUUGUGGGCUCUGCAUAAUAACUUCUCUUUCUCCUACAGCAUUCCAUGUCCCCCGCACUUGUACGUUACUGGCCCUUGUGUAGUCCCAGUUGUGUCUGUGCACAUGGGAAGAAAAGGCAGAGAUUUCUCUUAUAAGGCAGAAGCCUGUUAGAAAGGUUUUAUCCUGGACUGAUUAAGUCUAAUUUUCCCUUUCAGAGGGGGACUAGACGAAUGAAAUAAUACUCAAAUGCACUUCCUUGCACAGAAGGAGGGCCAUUCUGCCUAACUUGAACUGUCAUGGGCAGAGCAAUGCCCCAAGCCUCAAGCUGCAUGAUCUAUAUCAGAACUGAUCCAGUUGGGAACUUGGAGGCAGGCUACUCACAUUUGUAAAACUGAAUUGGCCAAGCUAGCAAGAAAAAAAACACCUCAAGUUUUCAAAUUAGAUAUUGUUUCCAUUUGAUUUCAGCUUUUCCCCCUCAUUAUUUAGUGUUAUACUUAUGUGGUUGUAACUGGUUGUUGGAAAAUAGAACCUCUGAAGUUCUGGCCAGCAGUUAGCUUUGUGGGAACAUUAUUUGGAGAAAAGGAAUAGUAAAUUGUGGUCGACCAGGCCUAACAGCCCCAAUUCAAUAGCCACCAGCCCUGCCUUUAAUCCUGUAUUUUUGCCUCUUGGCUGACGCUUGGGAAAGGUGGAGCAAUUGGUAUCUAGGGCCAUAUUUGACAUAGAACAUCCAGUUACGAAUCCCCACUCUGAAGAUUUGCCCUUGGAGGAGGUAUUUCUAAAGAAAAAACAAAAACAAGAUAAUAACCACCAGCUUCCCGCUUUCUUCCUGUCUGUUUCACCUUUAAUGCAAGCCAGACUGUGAUCACCUUAAUGCAAGUAUUUUGGCACUUAACACUGUUAAAUAGAUCAGACUUCUCUAUCUCUUCUAAACUGCUUUAUCUGUGUUAGAUCCAUUUCUUGUCAGUUUAAUAGCCAGACCUUUUUCUUUUUCUGCAACUGUAAUAUGUUAUUCCGGAGAGGGGUAUACUUUUAUUCCCCCCCUUCCCUUGUUCUUUCUCUCUGUCACAUGGUUUCCGUUGGAAAAAAACCCUUUACCUCUUACCUCAUUCAAGACGCCGUGGGAAAUGUUACAUGAUGGGUUGGGUGCAUGUUGGAUGUACCAUCUGAAGAUUCAGAGGCCGGCCGGCGCAUGGAGAACUCAGCUCCAAUUUAAGCUAAUAUACAGAAUAUAUAUAUAUAUAUAUAAAAAAAAAAUAUGUAUAAUUUUUUUUAAUUAAGAAAAAUCUUUGUACGGGUCUGUUCACAAAAAAGAAAAGAAAAAUCACACAAACAAAAAUUUGGGUUGGAAAAACAAUGCUUUUUUGUUUGAUUGAUUUUUGCUUUAUUUUUAUCAUCUUUAAAUGACAUGGGGUUAAAUGGGGAAGUAAUUGCUGGGUUGAAUUGGAGGGAGUCUUGGGUCCUAAAUGCCAGCAGUCAUAUUGAAUAAUAUUCAAGGCAAUGCCUGUUCCUCAGUCCUCAAAUGUGAUGUUGAAUACAGAUCUUAACAGACUUGUGGCCGGGGGGGGGGGGGUUUAAAACCAAGUUUCUAACUUGUAUGGCAGCGAAGACAGGUUAUGAAGCCUAAUCAAAUCUCAGAACAGACCUUAAGUGGGAUUCCCAGUGGUGUGGAAUGCACACCUCUGGUGCCGAAACAGAAUAUAUUAUGCAAAAGAAGCCCACAUUUGCAGUUUUGCUUAAUUAUUCCAUUUUUCUUAGAGCAGCAUUCAGCUUUUCUUGAUUUGGGAGUUAAAUGUUUGUGUUUAAAGCGCAGAGGUUACACAAGCCCAGUUGUAUUCCACCAGCUAUUUCCCCAAGGAAUAAAGCUGGGUCCAUUGAAAUAAUGUAUCUGGAGAAUGUGCAGAUGCAGAAGUUUUGCCUUGAAGGUAUGAGCUAAUUGUGGAUUUCUUUGAGGGAGAAAACUUUUUUGUCCAGUGUAGAGGCUGAUGAAACUUGCUUGAAACUAUCCCCAAAGCCUCAUAUCCAUGCAAUAACAAUUUGAAAAGCAUCCAAAGAUGAGAAACUUUAUAGCCUAGUUGGCCAAUUUCAAAGACUGGUGUUUUCUCAUUCUAUUUAUGUCAUAACAUGCUAUUUCCUGUAUAUCUACACGUGCACGUGCACACAGCUUGUUAGAGACUUAGGUUCCUUCGUCCAGCUUUUCCAAAAAAUAAAACAUGAAAUAGCUAGUUUACUCAGACCACUUAACACUGCCCCUUCUUGCUGUAACCCUUAUUGUUUUGCCCUUUUCUAAUAAUACCCGUAACUUCUAAAGUCUGUAUCAGUCCCAUGAAACAGGCUUGCAAGUCUUUGUUAAAUAGUUCCCCUCUUACAUUAAUUUUCCCUGUGCAAUAAAAUGAGUUAUGUGUGCUUGCGUGUAUGAAAGAACAUUGUGUCUGUUUCUGUGUAUGUGAGAGGCAGAGAUUAAUUAGGCUGAACUCCUAACCGGAAGGAAAUCCUAUCAAAAUCACUGGAUUUUCUUCAAAGUGGCCAUUCAAAUUAUUUUUCUAGGCCCUGAUCUUAUAUUUUUAAAGUUUGACAGAAAAUAUACUCUUGAAUCAAAGACUCAUUCUAUGGACAUAAGUUGCUGCCUUAAAUGGAAGCAAGGCUAGCCUCUGCUUCUCAGUAAUCUCUCUUUGGGCGGGUAGCAGUCCCCAAAGCUUCAGGCUGUCUUCCCCUAGCGGUGGCACCUGAGAGCCGAGCAGAAAGUGGGGCUAGAGAGCAGUGAAGUGAAGUGAUCUGAUUGCUUUGAGUUUCUUGCAAUUCAGAAUCCUCAACAGAAGGCAGGGCUGCAUUUUUCAUGAACAUUUCAUUUUUUGUUCCCUCAUUCAGAGAGUUGAAAGCAGCUUCUGAUAAUUGGAGAUGCUAGGAACCAAGUGUGGGACCUCUCUGAUGCCAUGCAAGUGAUCUGCCACAGAGGUUUAUAUAGCACUUAUCCAUGGGGGUUUAUAUAGCACUUAUUUGCAAGAACAGCUUUUGCUUAGUUCAAGGUUGGAGAUUUUGACUGCUAUAUCUACUUUUGGUGGUAUAAUUGGGUAAUGUUAGACCAUGGAAACAAUUAUCUUGAAGGAGUAUUUGGUGAGGGAAGCACAGUAUUUGAAACAGGAGGAAUAGGCUCUGAUCUGUAGGUACCUCUGUGCUGUCCUCAUUUUGCUACAAGAGCCCAGAGCUCGCUCCUGUGCUGAGAUCAUCACAAUUUAGUAAGUUUUUAAAUAUUGUGUUAGCAUAACCAUCCAAAGCAGCCCCCACCUUUUUCUUGAUAGACUGUUUUUGUGCAACCAUUACUCUCAGCCUACUGCAUUAUCCUUAGGCUGGCUUCAUACAUUAUGUUAAGAUACAAUGUGAUUUUCCUUGAUUUUAGUUUAGAACGAAACAUAGCCAUCUUUUUAAGCCAUAGUUCAUGGUUUAGCAUAUUUUAUGAACACAGUUAAUUUAUUCAGUAAACCAUGGUUAAAACAUAUAAUGUGUGAACUCAGGCUUAAUCUGCUGCUUUCCCACUACGCAACACCCAUUCUGAUUCAGAAUUAAAUAUGGAUGCUUCCCUGAAAUGCCAUAAGGUUCCUUAGUUUUUUUCAGUUCUUUCCUUCCAUGAUUCUUCCAGUGGAAAUACUUCAGGAAUUUUUGCAGAUGUGAGUAGUAGGAAUCAUUUUUCUGGCCAGAAAAGAGUUACAACAAACUUCAGUGAGCUGAAACUCACUGAAUAAAUAAAACAGAGCAUUAGGUAUUGGUUUGUGACUCUCACUCACUUGUAACUCCUGCAUUGUCCUUUGACUUUAUGUAGUCUUGUUAAACAGUCUUGAUAAAACAGCAAUAUGCUGUACCACGUUUUCAGUCAGGAGCCUUUUUCUAUUUAACCAUUUUCCAACUGUAUUUUAAAAAUCCAUCUGUUACUAUUGCAAUAGUAUUUCAGCAUCACACCUACCCUCAGUCCCUGAUUGGGCUGGCAUACAACUGCUGUAAAGAAAGAAAAAAAAACUCCUUAAGUUUCUAUGCAUUUCAGGGAUUUGGCUUGAAAUCAGAUCUCUGAGAUGUGUAUUCUCUAACUUAGAUAUUGAAUAAACUUUGACAAGGGAAAAGACAUUCAGAAUUAUCCUUGUAAUCAGGAGUUGAACUCAAUUCAAGCUAUUCUUUAUCUUUUUAUACUCUUUUUUAUCUAUUUAUUCAUUCCAAACUGAAAAGAUUUUAAUGCAUCCCAGAUAUUAUAGAAAUGUAUCAAAGGGUGCUUACUUACUGACUAACUAAUUUUCUAUCCUUAUUCAUAUUUCAUUCAGGGAGAGGUACAGCUUUCACUAAUGUAUCUGCACUUCACAAAGUGGUUAGUAUUCCCAGCCCAUUUGUAUCCAUUUCAGAAAUUGAGAUGCUUUGCAAGGUAUGUAAUUUCUAAGCCUCAAGCAUGUUUAUUAGCAUAUGCCUUCCAUACUGAUGAUUUUCUGAUAUGAAUGAGCUGCAAUUUAGUUGAUCAUGAUCACAUAAAUAAUGUUUUUACUAAAUCAAAUGACACAUUCAGUAGUUCUUAGGACCAUCGAAUGUGUGAAACUCUCCUUGGGUCAGUGAUGAAUGUAGCAUCUGAAAGAAUUGAGGGUGGCUUGAGGGAGAUUUGAGGUCUUUAGAUGUGCACAUAUUAAACACAGUCAAUUCAGCUGAAAGGAGUUUGAAACAAUAUCAAUUCAAUUAGGUUAGAAAUGAAUGUAAAUAUCAAAGAGUUGGACUGAUCAGCUAAAAAAUAUUAAAAACCAGCAUAAGGGCAGGCUGAAAAAAAACCAGCCAUUUGAAAUCCUCUUCUUAAAAGAUUACUUCUUUUUGCUCACUUAAGAUGGAAUGCUUGUCCCAAGCUGGCACCUAUUACAAAAUGGCCAGUAUACAAAAUAUUUCUGCAUUUUCCUUUUGAAGCUGUGUAUUUGUGGCCAUUGUGCUUCUUACAUGGCAUUUUGAAAAUGUCUGGAGUAUUUCAGAGUGCUCUGCCCACUUAUUUAGGCCAAGAAAUCUUGCACAAAUAAACAUGAUAAUUGUCUUUUUCUGAGGAUUUUUUUAAAAAGUUGUUGCUUUCUUCAGCAAUCAAAUCCUAGCCACCUUGCUAAAUGUUCUCCAAAAAAAAUCAGAAUAAAAUUAUUAAUCAGCUCAAACAUCUGGGUUAAUUCUAAAGUUCAGCUUCCAGAAAUUCCAUUAAUUGAGUUGAAGCCAAUGUAUUGUGGAGAAGAACCCGAGUAAAUCCUUUUUCAGAUCACCUUUUAACUGAUAAAGUUAUCUUCAGUCUUAAUUUCAUACCAGUGUAUUCCAGUUGUCUAAAUUCACAUGGCAUCCAAGUGAGGGGCUGUUUGCUUCAAAACAGAGGUGCAGAAAAACAGGGCUCCUGAAGCCAAGCAUUCUGCAAAACUAUUUACAGUGUUUGGAAGGUCUCAUAUUUCUUCUUAUUUUUUGGUUAGAAUAAGCAAUACAUAAAAAAAUGAAAAACUGAUUUUGACCUAGAAUAAUGAUUUUUAAGAUCUUCUUCCCCAGCCUGUCUGCCAAAAACUGUUCCAGUGCAUUUGGCAUUCUUGCCUAAGGUCAGCCUCUUUAUUCUCUUUUCCUUCCCUCCUUUCUCUCCCCACAGAUCAAGGUGUUCCAGCUGGACAAUCUCACACUGAAAAACAAACAUUAUUCUCUAGUGCUAGUUCUUGACUUACUACUCUCCCUCAGCAGCCAGCCUUUCAUGUUCUGACCCAAAAUCCUGCCAUAUACUUUUUUAAAAGAAAAAAAAAACUUCUGGAGGCUAAUGCCAUUUAUUUUGGUAACAGAAAAAUGAGCUACAGGUAAUCCUCAUUUACCCCUGGCAAUUUGGUUGUUAAAUGAAGUAGUUACUAAGUGAAACCGAUUGUGCUUACGAUCUUAUACCAGUUUCUUUUACUUUACAGACCUGCAAAGGUCGUAAAUGCAAAGAUUAGUUGCAUAGUUUUUUCAUCACUGUCAUAACUGAGGCAAUUGCUAAACAAGGAUUACCUAUAUACUUCUGCUGCCUGUGAAGGGCUGCAGAAACCUUGCCUCUCUUGCCACUUAUAACCCUUCUUGCCAGGCUGAAAAGGUUUGCAUAGGUAACUAAUUUGCAAUUUACCCCUUAACCCAGAAGCUCAAAAACAGAUCUCAAACAAUCCUCCUGUCAUUACCUUAUUCCAAAUCCCAUCUUCAUUUAGAAUUAAUACCCUACCUUCUUUUGGGAGGGGAGGGGGUUGAGAUGAGUUUUCCUUGCCCCCUGUACUAUAUGUACUUUAAGGUGCAUCAUCAUCUUUGGCAGCCCAGGGCCCUAACAGAUUGUUUCUGUUUUUUUAAAAUUUGGGCAGCAUAAGAAAAAUUGAGUGCCAUCCAAAGGCAGGUUGUUCUGCACUUUUUGUAGACUGAGCAAAGGCACAAGCCAUGAAACAGUUUAGGCACUGUACUACUGCCAGGAGACCCUGCUGAGGUCACAUGUAUUCUUUAUCUCAAUGGGUUUGUUAUUCUGAUUGUUGGUGGUGUUCCUACAUAAACAUCUUCCUGAUAUAUGAGAAAGAUACACUCUGGUUUAUGGUGACCCCAGAUGUGUCCUGAACACCCUAUCAGCAUUGGCUCAUGUCUAAAUGUGCAGGUUUUACUUGUAAUACUGUAAAUGAGGGACUUGUGAAUUUGCGGUGUAAAUUACCUCAGAUGUAUGGGUGUCCAAUCUUGUGGUUUUGAGUUAAUAGACUUUGUAUGCAUUUUAAUAUUCUUAAGAGGUAACAAACAUAUCUAAUACAAAUUUGCUUCUCUAUGAAAAGAAGGUCCCUAUCUCAUACACACAACAGUGUCUUUCUGCUUCUAUCAUGCCAGUUUUGUAUUCCUUGUUUAUAGGCAGGUUUGUUCUCUCCCAUACUGAGAAUUCUUGCUGUGCCUGGCAGAAUAUAUCUAAAAGCUAGAAGUACUGAGCCUUGCCUGUUCUCUGGGUUCAAACAUUUCUGCCAAACAUUUGUGGCAGAGUUGAGGUAUAUCUUAUAUGUAGAUAUAUGUGUUUCUGUAUGUUUGCAGACAUUUUCCUUCUUGCUGUAACCUUACCCCAUUUUUUUCAUUCUUGUUUGUUUCUGUCUCAAACAUGUUUGUCAUUUGCCCUCACUUCACCAAUGUCUCAGAUUCCCCCAUCUUGUCAGGGCAGCUGAACUACCAUUCGAGGCUCAGUGCUACCCCAUCUUGACGUUAGUUUUCUAUACUCAUUUUUCCAGAAGCCUUAAUAAUACUGUAUAAGUUGCCAGCAAGGACACACUUUCACACAACAAUCAAGUGAACAGUCUGUUCAGCAUUUGUAAUUCUGUAAAUAUUUUAUAUGUAACCCAACUUGUAAACUAGUUCUGCCUUGAAAAGGUGUAACUGGAACAUCUUAUGUUUGAAAUCUACAAAGCAUGUAAAGAUGCCCCUGAUUAUCAGGAAGGAGGGGGCAGGAUAAUAAUUCCUCAUUGCCUUAUAUCAAAUAGUACAGCCUCUAUAAAAUAGUAUUUUGGUACUCUCCUUUAUGAAUUUCCUACACAUACUGAACUUCAAGAUGUAAGAUUGGCUUUAUAGUCCUGAGAAAAUAGUCACAAAUGAUAUGACCUUGGAUGAAGGAGCCUGAACAUAUUUAUGUGUAUAUAUAAUACAUGUAGUUGAACUGAAAAGAAACAGUUUCUAAACACUACCUGAAAUGAGUGGGACUACUCAUUCAUUUCACUGAGCUUGUGCAGAACUUCCUGCUUGACUUCAUCUAGAGCAUAUGUAUUUGAUAAGUAUAGUUCUUUCAACUGUGUGCAGAUAUCCUAUGUAUACAAAGUGUUAAACCCCAUCUGCACUUUGCACAACAUACAUGCAAAGCCUCCUGCCAAUGUCUCAAAUGAAAGGCAGGUGUAGGGGGAGACAGAAAUGUCAGCUAUUUUAGUUCAUUCGACUUGGCUAAUUAUUAUACUACUUUAGUUGAUGUGUUUAAUUGUCCCUAUGAUACUCUGAAAGGUAUGAGAGAUGGUCUGUCCAAUUAGAAACAUUUCUGUGAUUUCAGCUUAGCACCCAGUGUAGAGCUAUGAACCCUUCAUUGUUCUUGCCUAGCAGGCUGAAGUGAUCUGGCUAAAUUAUGUAUUCCCAUUAAUAAUUUGAGAAACUAAGUUUUUGGUUUCUUUUUUUUAAAGAUAGAAAGCCAGCCUGAGGUAUUUAAAAUUAAGAAAAUGAUUUUUCAUCUUUUGAGACCAUGAGUCUUUGGAUGAUGAUCCGGUUGACAUUUUUAUAAUAGUGGCUUGUUAGAUAACAUGGUUAGAUAGCAAUAGGUUUGUGAAUGAACUAGCACAGAUUAUCACUUCAGCUAGAAUUUACAAUACUAGAUUAAUUCAAAGUUUCUUUAUAGUUUCAAUCCAUACCUUUGGAGUAUGAUCAAAUAAUAGCAUGUUGUAAAACAGCCAACUUCAUUUGGUUAUAUCUUACAAGGAAAAGGCAAGAGCCCCUUUUUCACAGGGAUUACUUGAUUACUUAAAACAUUAUAGCCAAAGUAAACCUUUUCAGCCUGGGCAACACCACUUCAUCAGCUGUGAGGAAUGAAUGCAUUUUGCACCCCCCUUAAGCUAAAAUGGCACAGUAGUCUUCAACUUAAAAUCACAAUUGGAACUGAAGCGUGUCACUAAGUGAUGCAGUCAUUAAGCAAGUCACAUUUGAUUUCAUGACCUUUUUGCUGCUGUUAUUACUGAAUCAUUCAACUGUUAAACAAAUCUGACUUCCCCCAUUGACUUUGCUUAUCGCAAAUUAGCUGGGAAGGUCACAUAUGGUGGUUACAUGAUCCUAGGAUGCUGCAACAAUCACAAAUACAUGCUAAUUGCCUAGAACCAAAAUUGUGAUUACAUGAACGCAGAAAUGCUGCAGUGAUUAUAAGAUCAAGGACUGUCAUGAGUCACUUUUUUCAACACCAUCAUAACUUCAAAUGAUCAUAAGUUAAGGACUACCUGUAAAUGUCUUUUUAGGAUCUGGAUUGUAGUCCUCAUUUAAAACUCUCUUCUCUCCAUCACCAGCACAUACGUAACACCACCUCGUAAGGGGAGCUGAAAUAGCUUUUCCAUAUGGAGUUUGAAUGCAGAAAAGUAGAAUUUCCUUUUUCCCUCUUUGUACUAAAGAUUUAUAUAUGCAAGACACUCUACACAAGAAAGCUGCUAAUGGAGAAAGGAGGCCUCUGACUUUACUCCUAUGUGCCCACUUACCUAUAGAGGGCAGUGUCCCUCAUUUUAUGUCAGCUGGGGUAGGAAGGUACAUUGGCUGCUGCCUAGGUCAUAACUUAUCCUUAAAGUGAUGCAAAGAUCUCAGGGUGUGAAUCCCUCCCACGAUAGUUCAUACUUUGAUACUCUGCCACCUCAGGUGUCAUUCUCCCCCAUCAUGGCAUGCUCACAUUUUGCCCAAAGUUCAGUGCAAGGAACACAGUAUCUCUCCCACCUCUUUUGUAUGCUGUGCCACCUCUAUGGGGGUGGGAGCCACCCUUCCUGGAGAAGCAAAAUCCUUUGCAAUCUGUAGUAAAAGGUGUUGCUUUUCAGGACACAAUGCCCCUAAGUUUCUUCCUCCAUCCAUGCAGGGCACUUAAUGACUGAAAAUUUGUGGGUAAGAAGUAGAUUUUUUUUUUCACAUUAUAGAUUUGUUCAUGGAGAGACACUGAUGAUUAUUCCCAUACCUCCUUUCAGUAUUUCUUUGCCAACACAUACCUCAUGCAGUCCUAUAAAUGAUAUCCCACUAUCUUCUUGACACACACCCCAGCCAGUCUUUCUUUCUGAAAGGGUGUUUUUUUUUAAAAUUUUGGAUCUAGAUUAUCAUCAAAGAUUAUGGGAGAAUAGAAAGGAGUUUCCAAUAAGGAGACAACUUUGUACUUAACUUUAUACUUAAACCCCAAUAUACUAUGCAUCGUGGUUUUUCCCUCGCAGUCCAGAGCAGGGAAAGAAACUGUGAGCAGGGAGUUAGUGAAUGUACAUUUGGGAGAUGGGGUUUUCUGAAGGGGGGGGGGUUGGGUUGGGGGGAAGAGUUCAGAGGGAAAGAAAAACCAGAUGGGGAAAGUGUUCCCUCUGCCUCACCCCUUUCCCCCUUCUCCCUUACUGUCUUUUCUUUUUUCUGUUUCUGUUUUUCUUUCCUUUCCUUUUCCUUUUUUGCAUCUGGGAAGCAGGAAGCUGCUGAUGUAAAAAAAUAACGACAAUCACAAUUUGUCUGUGACGUGCGAUUUUGAAAAAAAAAUAACCCUGAAAAGUCUGGGGCAGGGGAAAAAAAAUAACCCUUUUUGUGUUUUUGGUCAGGAUUUUAAAGAAAGAUAUUUUUAUGGUAAUUGUUGCUGGUCUAUUUUACUAUAUAUUUAUGUAAUAAAUAUAUGAUUAAAAAACAAA